UUAAUAUAUUUCAAAAAUUAUUUCAGUAAUUAACUAUAAAUUAAAAAAAAAAACCUUUCCAAUGAAAAUCUGAGUAACUGUAUUAACAAUGACUAGCAGACAUGAUGAACGGCCUAAAGAACCAUGGAAAUCUGAUGGCACUAUGCCACAAAUAGAAAUUGCAGAAAAGACAGUAAAUCUUGGUUCAGCGACAGUUGGUCUUAAAAAUCAAACACAUGCAGUUUUAAUUGCUUUUCCAUGUAAUGAGAGAAGAGCUUUUCUGUCACGUUCUAAAAUUUAUGUCGUUGAUCAAAAUAUUGGUGCAUCUAUAGCAGGUUUGGGUGCAGAUGGACGUAAAGUUAUUGAUUACAUGCGUGCUAUUUGUCGUCAAUUCAGAAAAGUUGAACAUGCAGAUAUCUCACCAAAUAAUUUAAUGGAAAACAUAAGUGAAUAUAUGUAUGCGCCAACAGUAAAUAGCAAUUGUCGUAUCUUUGGUGUAGGUCUUCUAGUUGUUGGUUCUGAGGACACAAAUCCAUAUGUAUACGAAGUGCAAACAACUGGAGAAACUUCAGACCGUGUUGCAUUUGCAAUUGGUUUCUGCUCUUCAGCUGCAAACAUUUAUUUGAAAAAAAAUAUAAAUAAUAUUCUUAGUUCGAAUUUAGAUUGUCUUAUUAUGUACGGUGUUACCGCUUUGAGACAUACAUUAUCUGAAGACGACCAGGAAAAUAUAACAAAAAUGCAGAAUAUCAGUAUUGGUGUUGUUGGGAAUAAACAACCUUUCCGAAUUUUGGAUAAAUGCAGAACUUUUCGAUAUUUACAAAAUCUAACUAGAGACGAUUAAAACUGUGAUAUGUUAUCGUGUAUUGUGCACAAAAUUCAAAAUAAACAAA